AUGGUCUCGAAUCCAGAUACUGAGAACCCAUCCCAGCCCGACGAAACCAUUUCCAUAUCCGUAGAGUUUACCGGUGGACUGGAGAUGCUCUUUGCCAACGAACGAAAACAUAACCUCACAAUUCCUGCAAAGACAAACGACGGAAAACAGCCGACGAUUGGGUGGCUCAUACAGUAUCUUGUUGAGAACUUGAUGCAAGACACGAGGAAGGAGUUGUUCAUACUAGAUGAUCAUGUGCGUCCCGGCAUUCUAGUUCUGAUUAAUGACGCAGACUGGGAACUCGAAGGGGAAGAGGCAUAUGAUAUACAGCCCAAGGAUAAUAUAUUGUUUGUCUCCACGCUCCACGGAGGAUAG